UUAGCCGGAGGGAGUGUGAUCCAUAAAUGUUAAAUUAUAUAUAGUUUACACCCAGAAAGUCCUAUAUCAGAUUUUCCUUGACUUGCACUGCUUUGUCACCUGUAGUAAAAAUUUUUUUUUUUUUUUAAAUUCGUCCUUUCAUUUGAGUCGUAAGGACUUGUGUACUGCAAUUCAAUCAGAACAUUAUUUAAAAUCACUGAGUGUCCAUGUUCGUAAGCAUUCUGUACCUGAAAUGUUUACUUACGUUCCAUGUUAAUAGUCUGGUUUCUAACCCAAAUACCCAUAGGCCUAACUCUGGGAUGGGGUGUGUCCCGCCCCCUGUCCCGAGCAAACACAACGGAUAACUUUAUUUGCGUUUUAAACUGAAGAUGAUCAUUGGAGUCCUGUGUUUUAGCUGGGGGGAAAGUAUGACACUAAUCAGGCCUCGAGUUGCCCAGGUCUCCUAGCUAUGUACCCAUUAGUAUGAAUGUGUUCAUUGACGUGGCAUCAAUGUCGUGGUUCUGGUAUUUUGGGUUCAGGAACGUCGUGAAAAACUGCAUUUUCAUUGGCCACAGCAUUCGGAUACAAGCUUUUCAUUGGUCCUUGUUUUGGAAUGGCAUUUCUAUAUCAUUUUGAUCAAAUUAAUCUAUUAUAGUGUUUUUGUGUGAACUAAUUACUAAAAUACCUGCCCAAUAUUCAAUACAAUGUGUUGCAUGUCAUUUUAAUGUAAAUAAACUCCCAAGGAGACAUUAGUUGCGCUAAUUUCACCGGUAUUCGCGGUUGUGUCCAUACUUGGACAAGCCUAUCGCACGAUUUUCCUGUCGCCAACAUCCUACAAGCCAAACAGUCUCAGUAAGGGUGUGCCUAACGGAGGGAUGGCCCAGUUUCAGGAGGAGAUGAGGCAGCAGCUGGAGACCUCCAUGCACGCAGAGCUGGAGAAACUACUGGACACUGCCAUGGGGGUCGACAAGGAGGUCUCCAAGAAGGACUUUGAUGGAUUCAAGAAGCUGUUCCACAGGUUUCUGCAGGUGAAGGGCCAUCGGUGGACUGGCCCAAGAUACACAGACCUCCAGAAGACUCAAUCCAGCCCUAUGAUAAGAUAGCAGCGCUGCCCCUGCCGGACAGCCUGGCAGACAGUCUCAACAAGCUGGUGGUCGUCAAGUUGAAUGGAGGCCUGGGGACCAGCAUGGGCUGUAAAGGCCCCAAGAGCCUCAUCAGCGUCCGCAACGAGAACACUUUCCUGGACCUCACCGUGCAGCAGAUAGAGCACUUGAACAAGAAGUACAACACAGACGUUCCUCUGGUCCUGAUGAACUCCUUCAACACGGAUGAAGACACCAAGAAGAUCCUUCAGAAAUACACACACCACCGUGUCAAGAUACACACCUUCAACCAGAGCAGGUAACACACGCACCACAGUAUG